CCGAAAAUACUGUCACCGGCUAUGUUUGGCAACGCACAUAGCUAGUAACGUAACUAAGCACUGCAUACAUACAAUGCCCUUCAACCAACUCAGACUCAGAUCAACCCCACCGUAUUGCCAUUCUCUUCAGAAUUCUUAAUAAAGGCUCGCUUGAAUAUUGUCUUUAACUCAUCUUCACUACUAUCUCAAUAAUCGACAUCAUGUCCACGACGCUCGCAGAUCCCGCAUCCCUAGACCUUAUGUUCCCUCAAGAGCUCAUUUCACUUGAAGUUUCAGCACAGCUUCCCUCUGAUCUCCAGAUGCGUCCACUUGCAUCAACAGAUUACAAACGCGGGCAUCUCGAUGUCCUUUCCGUUCUAUCCAUCGUCAACGAUCUUGGUGAGGCAGCGUGGGUCAACCAGUUCCACGCUAUGCGUGCAACCCCGAGCGCAUACUUCUCCAUCGUCAUCCUCGACAAGGCGAGCGACAAGAUCGUCGGAGUAGGCACCGUCUUCAUCGAGCGCAAGUUCCUUCGCGGUCUUGGCAGCGUUGGUCACAUUGAGGAUAUCGCCGUCGACAAAAGCCAGCAGGGCAAGAAGCUUGGCCUCCGUAUCAUUCAGGCCCUCACGCAUAUCAGUGAGAGCAGCGGCUGUUAUAAGACUAUCUUGAACUGUAAUGACACCAACAUUCCCUUCUACCAAAAGUGUGGCUAUGUCAAGAAGGAGAACGAAAUGGCAAAGUACGCGCCAGAACGCGAUAAUCACGCACCAAAACUUUGACUUGCCAUCUCAUCCCACACUCGUAAU